AUGGCAAACGUCUCAGAAUCGCUAGCGUCUGAAGUUUCUGAGCUUAAAGUGCUUUUAGCACAGACCACAACAAUUGGCAACCGCCGUGAUCUGGAACAACUGCUCCAACGCAAACAGAAUGCGUUAAAUGCAACAUUACAGCAGGCUCAGCCCAUGGAUAUUGAGCCUACGGAGGGAGGGCCGCAGCCUGUUUUAGUGGCAGUGACGCGUCCAGCAGUGAACGAUUCAACGACUUUCACGGAGAUAAGUCGCUUUGGCUGGGAGGAUGAUGGAUACGGCAAAGAGAAAGUAGCCGUCUACAUCAUGUCAGGCAUCGAUGGUGUCGGCGAUCUGCCCAAAGAAAACGUGACGUGCGAUUUCACUCCGUCGUCAUUUGACUUAAAGAUCAUUGGUUUGGGAAACAAGAACUAUCGGUUGGUCAAGCAGCAUCUGGAUAAAGAGAUCGACCCUGCCAAGAGCUCGUAUCGCAUUAAAAAAAAUCGUGUCACUAUCUCGCUUCAUAAAGCUGACAAGAACAAUACAUGGAUGAGCCUCACUGCAAAGAAUCCUCUCAAGACUGGUAAGCCUGAUACGAACGACCCCGCUGCAGGCAUCAUGGACAUGAUGAAGAAUAUUGGUGGGUAUCGUAUUCGGAUAAAGUAUCGACACAUUUCUCAGGGUUUUUAG